GAUCAUUACAUAUUGUUUUUGAUGCUUGUUACAUCUUUUCCUCUGAAUAAUGCCCUUUUCCAGCAGGCAUGGCUUGUUCAUGGAGGAUGGCAAGCAGGUGGCCGCCGUUUGGAAAAAGUUGACCAUAUUAGCUGUACAUUUUCUACAUCAGUUCCUUUUGACAAUUUUGAAAUUACAGUAGAAAGUUCCGAGCCACUUAAGGCAAUAAAGACAUGGUCAUUAGAGCAGGUCUCUGAGGGAAGUCAAGGUCGGGUUUUCACAUUUCAAAAUAUAGUGCGAAUGUAUCCACCUAGGAUAGUUCUAAAUUUUCACAUUACAACAUUUGGAAUGCUUGAACCGAGUGGAAAUUGCUCGUUUACGACAAGAGGUACUGAACAAUCUACUGUAAAAAACCAUCCGUGGUUGCUGAAUGAUGAAUCGACAAUGGGUUAUUCCACCAUGUCUACAAGCACCGGAUUUUCCUUUAUAGACCCAAUGCGUGUAAAUCCGUGUGUGGAGAAAUCCGUGAUGUUCCCGGAUACCGCUUAUGUGCAACCGAAAGUUCCAGAAUCACUACCACCUGGCGUUACCACGACAGGAAUGCCAUUAUUUAGACCGUUUCCUCUACGACCGGGUAACAGGCUCCCGCUUCCUGCACCACGUUUGAAAAGAGAAAUCUGGAAUCCAAGCUUGGCAAGUCUUCCUCCACCACCCCCUCCGGCACCGUUCCAGUCUGUUACAAUAAACUACCCGGAUGCUAUAGAGAGAUCGAUGAUGUUCUAUGAGGCGCAGAGAUCGGGUGACUUCCACUUGUCUUCGCUAUCCCAGAUAAAUGGAUGGGCCGGACCAUCUGGCGAGUUUCAUACUACUCGAGAUGGAAAAGAUUUAUCUGGUGGCUGGUAUAACGGGAAUGGCAAUGUGAAACUUACAUUUCCUAUGGCGGCAGCAACGACAGUUUUGGCCUGGGGUUACAAUGUUUGGAAGGAUACUUAUGAACAUAGUAGCUUAAAGUUAAACAACAAGUUUAAGAAAAUGAUUCGAUGGCCUUUGGAUUAUUUCCUCAAAAGCUGGGACCUUGAAACCGAAACUCUUUAUGUGCAGAUUGGCAAUUUAACCAAAGAACGAACGAUGUGGGAAAGAGCAGACAAUGACGCGUAUAAAUUACUCUGGGAUCGCAAUGAAUGGCCAGUGUAUAGCGUUUCGCCAUCGAAACCCGGAAGUGACGUCGCAGCGGAAGUAGCGUCCGCAAUGGCGUUGUCGUCACUUAUUGAGUUCGAUUCUGCAGAUGAUGUUAUACCAACGACAACAGAGGGACAUCCAAAUGGAUUUUGGUUAGGAAGAAACAAACUUCCAGAACGCUCGCCUAGACAAAAAAGAGCAACAGACGAUGACGAAUACAACAGCAAAUUACUGAAUACAGCUGAGCAGAUAUACCGUUUGGCUAAAACAUACCCUGGAAAAUACAGUGACGUCGUUCCAGUUGCUAGUAAAGACUAUCCGGACUAUACGUCUUCUGGGUAUGAAGAUGAACUGUGCUUUGCUGCCAGUGUCCUUCAUGAUGUAACAGGUAAAAGUGUAUACCUGUCGGACGCCAUAGUAUAUUUUGACAAGUUUGCAAGUGCGGGAACUCCAAAAUACUUUUCCUGGGACGACAAACGAACAGCUUGUGCGGUAAUUUUGUACAAGAUAACACGAAAACAGAAAUACGCUUCAUACUUACAAGAUUUCCGCAAAUUUUGGCUGGACACAUCUGGCCAAACAACAUUUAAUGGUUUUGCCUGGAGAAGUGAAAAUGGCACGUUAAGUGUAACAGCCAAUGCAAUUUUCAUACUGCUACAGAGUAUUGAAGCUGGUGUGUUUGAGAAUGAGGUUGCCACGGAGAUUUAUAUUUGGAGUAGCAAGCAGAUUAACUAUAUGCUAGGUGCAAAUGGAAUGCACUACAGUUACCUGAUUGGUUACGGAAAUGAAUAUGUUAAAAAUCCAUACCAUAAAAAUAGCGCAUGCUCAAAGUCUAAGGAAUGUGGAUGGAGUUUUUAUGAAUCGUUGUCGGAUAACCAAAACACAUUAAUCGGUGCUCUUGUUGGUGGCCCUGAUGUAAAUGAUUAUCAUACAGAUACAAGACAAAACAAGCUAGGAAACAGUGUCGCUCUAGAUUAUAAUGCCGGGUUUCAGUCAGCUCUUGCAGGACUUGAGAAGAAAAACUUGCAGUUGGAGAAGAGAUGUAGAAACCAUAAUGGAGGAAUUGAAUUUUCUACACCUCACGUAAUCCAGCCUCUAACAGACCCAACAUCAGCGACUAAGUACUCAACAACAGAACCAACACCUGUUCCUAAUAAACCAACAUCAUUUAACUAUACUGAUGCCCUCAGAAAAUCUAUUCUAUUCUAUGCGGCGCAAAGAUCUGGAACGCAACCAGAAUUUAAUCCGAUACCAUGGCGACGGUGGUACACAGAGGAGACAGAAACGUCUGGUGGAUGGUACGAUGACGGGUCAGCAGUAAAGACGACUAAGGUGAUGGCCUCGGCUGUUAUAAUGAUUGGUUGGGGAGCUGUGAAGUUCAAGGCUGGAUACGAGACAGCGGGUUUAUUACACGAUCUGUACGAUAGUUUGAGAUGGCCAUUAGAUUAUUUUAUCAAAAUAUGGCUACCUGAUAUACAGGGCUUAAUACAAAAGGUCGGUUUAGAGGCGUUUGAGCGAGGAAUGUGGUCGCGCCCUGAAAGUAGAUAUGGAAUGAACAAUUAUUUAGUAAACUAUGCGCUUUCAAGAGGCCAAAAAGAAGGAGCUGACGUGGCCGGGGAUGUGGCAACAGCACUUGUUAUUGGAGCAGAAAUAUUCAAAGAAAAUGAUACAUCCUACUCUGACAGACUGAUGGUGACAGCUAAAGAUGUUUACACGUUUGCAAAGCAAUUAGAGAGAACAUACCAAGACUACUCUAGUGUUCACUAUUCUGAUCCUGGUGAAAGUUAUGCCGACGAAAUGUGUGUGGCGGCUUGGUGGAUGUACAGGGUCACAAAGAACAGCAGUUACUAUGACGACGGUAUGAAGUAUAGCAGUAUGAUAACAGUUGAUUCACUACUAGAAUGGAAGACUAAGAACCAUCUUUGUCAUAUAUUAAGAGCAGUUUAUGAAGAAAAUGGAAAUACAGACAAUCUAAGAGAAGGUUUAGAUUACUGGAGAAAGGAUAUACAGAAAACGCCACAGGGCUUGGCAUGGUAUAAAAAAGACCCUCUUAAGUUUGCAGCAAAUGGCGCCUUUCUUCACGUGCUUACACAAGAAGAAGUAGGUCUAGAUGUACAGCCGACAGAUUUUCACAAAACACAAAUAGAUUACAUGUUGGGCAAUAAUGUACAGGCAUUUAGUUACCAGGUUGGAUAUGGACCACGUUAUCCUAGACGGCCUCACCAUAGAGCCAGCUCUUGUCCAGAUUUUAUGGAGUAUUGUGAUUGGUCUAUUUAUAACGUCCCAGGUAGAAAUCCAUUUGAACUAACAGGAGCACUUGUGAGUGGUCCAGACAUUAAUGACGUGUAUGAAGACAUCAGAUCGAACUAUUCUACAAACAGGGUAUCAGUUGAACAUAACGCAGGAUUUCAGUCGGUUCUCGCAUAUAUGGUUAUGAAGGAGUCAUCAACUAAAACAACAUCCAACAGACUGCCGUCAACAACAACUGUUGGAGGUUUAACUUAA